CGUCGAUGGAAACGAAAACAAACCUAAUAGCACAUGCUUGCAUUAGACGUUUGAGACCUUCAAGAAGCAGACACAUUUCAAUUAUCUGUUAAUUGGAAAACGUUGACUUUUACUAGAAUGGUGCUAUGGGUAGUUUAGAAGGAACAUUUGAUACAAGCCUCCAUGAAGCUGUACGUUUUGGAGAUCUAGAUGAAGUUAAAGUAGCUUUACAGCAAGGUUAUGACCCAAACUUGAUUGGUCUGUAUCAGUGGAGUGCUUUACACGAAGCUGCACAUAAUGGAGAGGUGGAUAUUCUAAAAUGUCUGCUUAAGAAUAAAGGUGAUCCUGACAGAAAAGAUUUCCUACAGGGAUACACAUCUUUACAUUACGCUGCCAGAGAAGACCAUGUGGAAUGUUUACAACUGUUACUGGAGGGAGGAGGGGAUUACAAUAUAACCAAUAACAAUGGUACUUCUUGUCUGGAUAUAGCAAAGGGACAAUGCUUAGAUCUUCUACAAUCUUUACGAGCUAAAGACUUUAUGAAAUUAUCUCUGGAAGAUGCCAAGAAAAUAACCACAGUAAAGAAAGAUAUAGAGGAUGACCUUGACCUUUCAAUAUCAAGUAGUACUGACCUCAGUAUUUUAACAGAUGAAGAAAAACCACCAGCCAUAGGAUAUAUUCACCUGACCUUUGAAUACAACUCUAAGAAAAGUUCUUUGAGGAUCAGAGUAUGGCAAAUUACAGAUCUUCUGUUACCUCCUACCAAUACAUCUAUGAUUCACUCUCUGUUCAUCAAAUCCUACCUCAUGCCUGAUAAAAAGAAAGAUUCUAAAAGAAAAACAGAGGAGAUGAGGGUCGAUUCGACAGACGCUCAUGUAAAGACAAAACAUUCACACCUUAGUGUACAACAUGUGUAUUCACCGUCCACAUUCAAGUUCACAAAACCACUAGAGUAUGACUGUAUAGCUAAAGACAUAGUUAAGGAGCGAAGUGUUCAGAUUGAAUUAUGUUUGACGCAAAAAUAUUCAAAACGAAGUUUUCUCAUAGGCAUGUUUCAUAUGAAGUUAAAAGACGCAGUCAAAAAGAUGGUUAGAGAGAAAUAUCCUCUGAUUCCUUGUAUGAAUCACACAAUUCCUGCCAAUAUGAAAGUUUACUGUGCUUCCGAGUUAAAAAUAACUAAUUCUAAGAAAGUGUUUUACAGCAAUCCUGACGUUAGAAAUCUGUCUGAUGCUAUGUCAGAUUGUUCUAGUCGAGCAGCUAGCAAUCCUGACAUGCACGAAGUUAACUUAGAAAUUGAAUCUGAAUUGUCACCAGUAAAACUGGAGAUGUCAGAAAUUCAAGAUUAUGUUUCAAAUGAAAAGAAAAAACAAAAGGAAAUUGAGAAACAACUUUUAACGAAAAUUCCUGGAUUGACCGAUUUAAAUUUCGACAUUGCAGAGGAUGUACAAUCAGGAGAAGGGGAGCUCCUGUCUAGAGUUGUCGAUAUUACAGAUUAUGGAGAUGAAAAAGAGGUUGAGAAAAAGUCAGCCUUCACCUCAGUUUUGAAAUCUAAACUUUUACCAAAAAAGAAAACUGAAGUACAAAAUAUAGCUAGCUCACAGCAACAUAGUAUAGAACUUGAUGAACGAUUAUCUCCACGUUUCGUCGAAGAUUGGAAAUAUCAAAAUAUUAAAGAAUCAGAACAAGACAUGCUAGAGACAAAGAUUAAUAUGCCAAAUAAAAAUGUCCAGAUUAAAGAGCCUGUUAAAGCUAAAGAAAAGGAGGAAGGUCAGAGUUCACGACCUGAAACUCCAACAUGGGAUUAUUAUGAUUUAGACUUGGAACCAGUUGAAAUUGCUAUAAAUGACUCAUCUCCAACUUCUGAUGGAGCUCAACCUAUUUAUCUACCCAUGGAUACAACCAUGGGAAUUAAAAAACAGAAAAGUGAAAUAACCAAAGGUCAACAGAAAGGUCACCGUAAGAGUGCAAAACGAAAAGACAAACCAAUACCUGGAAGAGCUGUUCCACAGAUCAUAAUUACUGAUGCUGAAAAAGAUGGGAAUGAAAUUAGGAAAUCUCAGGAAUUUGUUACACCAAGAAACAUAACAAUUGAAAUGGGAGUUGACAAAACGCCAAACCGAAAUAAAUCAAAUUCUCAAAUAACAGUCACUGCUGAUGUUCACUUGCCAAAAACAAAUAUUGAGAGAAGUGAAAGUACAACGAUAGAGAUUCAAGAUUCAGAUUCAUUUAUCAUUGACUUAGAAGACAUAGAUUCCAUAACGCCAUCUCCAAAACUAGAUUUCUCAACAAAACAAUCUAUUCCUAUGCAAGUUUUCAUUGAUGAAAAUUAUGAUAGUUUUGACGAGGCCAGUAUAGAAGAAAUUCACCACCCUUAUAUUGUGUCUAAAAAUCAUGAUUUAAUUACAGAAGUGUAAAUUAUUGGUGCUACGAAAAAUACUUUUUUCCAAAUCAUGUAAAUUUUUAUUCUUCUUGAGUUUUUCAAUCAUUAUGCAUGAAUAGAAUUAACAUUG